AUGGCCAAGCACAGUGUCCUCCUGCUACUGAUGGCGCUCGCCGCAACCAUGGCCGUGCCGUCGACGGCGAUCUGCAGGAAGCUCAUGUUCCUGGUCCAGCCACAGCCGAACCUCCUCACGUACCACAACGGCGCCGUGCUGAGCGGCGACAUCCCCGUCUCCAUCCUCUGGUACGGCCGCUUCACGCCGGCCCAGAAGGCCGUCGUCUCCGACUUCCUCCUCUCCCUCUCCUCCGCCGCGCCACAGGGGCCGUCGUCGUCGUCAUCGUCCCCCGCGCCGUCCGUUGCCCAGUGGUGGAGCAGCAUCAACCAGCUCUACCUCUCCAAGGCGGAGGCGGCCGUCAGCAAGAACGGCGCACACGGCGGCCGCGGCGGUUCCAAGCAGAACGCGCGGGUGAUCCUGUCGGGCCAGUGCCCGGGCCAGUGCGCGUGGCCGUUCCACCAGCCGGCGUACGGGCCGCAGGCGCCGCCGCCGCUGGUGCCGCCUAGCGGGGACGCGGGCAUGGACGGCGUGGUGAUCAGCGUGGCCAGCAUGGUCGCCGGCGCGGUGACCAACCCGUUCGGCGACGGGUUCUACCAGGGCGACAGCGCCGCGCCUCUGGAGGCCGCCACGGCGUGCGAGGGCGUGUACGGCAAGGGCGCGUACCCCGGGUACGCCGGGCAGCUGCUCGUGGACGCGGCGACGGGAGCCAGCUACAACGCGCACGGCGCGCGCGGGAGGAAGUACCUGCUCCCGGCGCUGUUCGACCCCGACACGUCGGCGUGCUCGACGCUGGUGUAG